GAAGGCCUGAGAACCACGCAUGGAGUGCUGGUGGUAUAAUUCCCAGUGCAAGGGCAGGAGACUGAUGUCCCAGCUCAGCAGUCAGGCAGAGAAGGGGGGAAUUCUCCCUUCCUCUAUUAUUUUUUCUAUCCAGGCCCUCAAUGGAUUGAUGAUGCUGAUCCACAUUGGGGAGGGCACUCCACUUUACUGAGCCUACCAAUUCAAAUGCUGAUCUCAUCUGGAGACACUCUUACGAACACACCUAGAAAGAAUGUUCAGCCAAAUACCUGGACUCCCCACGAUCUGGUCAAGUUGACACAUAAAAUUAACCAUCACAACUUCCUUCUGUACGAAUGGAUGAUUCAGAGCCCUCCAAGGGCCAGUCCAUCUCACAGAAUCAGAAAACAUUGAGGUCGAGAAGACCCUGCCUGCUCGUAUGGUCCAUGGAGAAGAGCUAAGCACCACGGAGCCUGAGUGUCUGAUUCAUAGUCUGCUUCCUGUGGGACCUGGAACAAAUCACUCAACUGCUCUGAACCUGUACCCUUGCUCUUGCUGGGCCUCAGCAUCAUCUGAGGAGCUCUGAAAAUCCUGUGCUCUAUGCCUGGCUGACAUACUAAAACCAAGGAUUUAUCAAAGGGGAUAUCAGAGCCUCACUUCAUCCUGGAAGGUGCAAGCAGAUUUGACAUCCAACAAGGACAGGCAGGAGAUUGCUGGUUCCUGGCAGCCCUGGGCUCCUUGACACAGAACCCACAGCAUCUACGGAGGAUCCUGAUGGACCAAAGCUUUUCACACCCGUAUGCGGGAAUUUUCCGUUUUCGGUUCUGGCAAUGUGGCCAAUGGGUGGAAGUAGUGAUUGAUGAUCGCCUGCCAGUCCUGAAUAAGGAUUACCUCUUUGUGCAUCCUCGCAAAAACCAAGAGUUUUGGCCCUGCCUGCUGGAGAAAGCCUACGCCAAGUUUCGAGGGUCAUAUCUCCAUCUGCACUAUGGCCACCUCCCUGAUGCCAUGGUGGACCUCACAGGAGGGGUGAUCACCACUGUCAACCUGCACUCCUCCCCUUCCGACCUGGUGAUGAUGGUAAAGAUGGCAGCCAAGGCGGGCUCCCUGAUGACCUGCGCCACCCCAGCGGGACCAACAGGUGAGGCCACGAGAAUGCCAAAUGGCCUGGUGAGUCAGCAUGCCUAUACAGUGACAAGAGCCGAGCGGAUUUGGUACAGGAGUGGCUGGGAAGAUCUUAUCCACCUGUGGAACCCCUGGGGCAACACUGAAUGGAGAGGGCGCUGGAGCGAUGGGUCUCUGGAGUGGCAGGAAAUCCAUAACCAACAGAAAAGCCAGCUGUAUGAGGAGGAUAAAAACGAUGGCGAGUUUUGGAUGUCAUGUCGAGAUUUCCAAGAGAACUUCUCCUGCUUGUUUAUAUGUAACCAAUUUCCAAUCCUCCUGGACCAUGGAAACAUGCCCCAUGAAAGAUGGUCCCAAAACACGUUUAACGACCGUGCAAUUCCAGGCAACACUACAGAAGGACUUCAGAGGGAGACACAAUCCAUCUUCUCUGUGCUCGAGAGCAUGGAAGGAUACAAUGUCGUCAUGUCCUUCAACGUCAAGCCACAAAAUUUAAAGGCAAAAGACGAGAAAUUUCCACUCAGCUUCCAUGUGUUCAAGAUUGACCCUCAGUUCCAGCACUUCAAGAAGUUGCCGCCCACAUUUUUUUCCCAGUUCAGAAAUGCUGACAUUUCUGUCAAAGUUUCUGAAACUAUGUGCAACCUCACGAAGUGCUUCAGUCUGAACCCUGGGACCUAUGUAGUGGCUGCCACUGCACACACAGAAGCAGUUGAUUUCCUGCUCCGAAUCUUCCUGAAAAUGCCAGAUAGUGACAGGCACUUGGGCAGCAAUUUCCGCCUCAGACCAUUGAAGCCAAGUCUUCCAGAAAAUGGCUUCCAACAAAGAAUUUUCUACAAAUAUGCUCAUCAGGGACUGGACAUUGAUGCCACCCAGCUUCAGGACCUUCUCAACCAGGAAUUCCUGAAAGGACCUCCAGGGGACACUUUCUCCUUGGAUGAGUGCCGGAGCAUCGUAGCCCUGAUGGAUCAGCUGAAAGUGAAUGGGAGGCUUGACCAAGAUGAGUUUUCAAGGCUGUGGAGGCGUCUUGUCCACUACCAGAGUGUUUUCCAGAACACCCAGGAGAACUCUGGAGUUUUCCUGAGCCAGGAUUUGUGGAAGACCAUAAAAGCUACAGACUUUCUUGCAGAGGUCUCCAUCAGCGAUGAGCUGCUGGACCUCAUGGCUCUCCGGUACAGUGACGGUGCUGGCAGGAUCAGCUUCCCCAGCCUGGUCUGCUUCCUGAUGCGGCUUGAAGUCAUGGCAAAGGCUUUCCAGAACCUAUCCACGGAUGGAGAAGGACUCUACCUGACAAAAAGGGAGUGGAUGAACCUGGUCAUGUACAACUGAGCAAGGGGAAGAGCAGACUCCAGAGUCCAGGACAAGCUCCCAGGGAUUACUCAAGAAUCCAGCUCUCAUUCCAGGAGGCUGUGCUGCCCCUGUGGUUGUGAUACACUGAAUCCUGCCUCAUCUGAAAUGUAGUCAAAGCCGCCUUUGAGGAGCCUCAGCCAGGUCCUCAGAUGGUCAGGCUCUGGUAAGCCUGAGGUUACAGAGCAGGUCAUCUGAGCCCUUUGGGACACCAGCCCGGAAUCCCCUGGAAAAUGAAGCAAGAGAUGUUCCACUGUGGGAAAAAAAGGGGAGAAGCUAUAUCUUGCUUCACUGCCACCAGUCCAAUCCAUUUCUUGGAAGAGAAAUGACCACAGGGUGCUGUGUGUCACACAGGAGCGGUCCACUGGGCAUUUGCGGAAUAAUCUUACUCUCCAGUGUCUGAAUUCUGAGUGUUUCACAGCCAAAGGGCAAAAUAAAAUAUG